AUGCGGGUUCCUCUCAUGAGGAGGGGGGGACGGCCUUUGACUCAUCUCUGCGCGCCGCUUCCACUUUUCUCCCCUCCACGCUUUGUUCGUCUUCGUCCGACAAUCUUGACUCCGCUCAUUCUCACGAUGGCGUCCAAUACCACCUGGACCGCCCCGCGGGUGCGGGAGACUUUUCUUGACUUUUUCAAACAAAAUGGCCACACUUUUGUGCCUUCCUCCCCUGUCGUUCCUUUGUCCGAUCCAACCUUGCUCUUCACCAAUGCUGGAAUGAACCAGUUCAAGUCCAUCUUUCUGGGCACCGUGGAUCCACAAUCAGACUUUGCGAAGCUGCGACGCGCCGUCAAUUCCCAGAAGUGUCUGCGUGCUGGUGGAAAACACAAUGACCUCGAUGAUGUGGGCAAGGACAGCUACCACCACACCUUUUUUGAGAUGCUCGGCAACUGGAGUUUCGGCGAUUACUUCAAAAAAGAGGCCAUCUCAUAUUCUUGGGAGCUCUUGACUAAAGUUUACGGCCUUAACCCCGAUCGCCUUUAUGUCACAUAUUUUGAAGGUAACGAGGCAGGGGGCCUAGACCCGGACCUGGAGGCAAAGGAACUCUGGAAGUCUGUAGGAGUUCCGGAAUCCCAUAUCCUCCCAGGCAAUAUGCAAGAUAAUUUCUGGGAGAUGGGUGAUCAAGGCCCAUGUGGACCCUGCAGUGAAGUACACUACGAUCGUAUCGGUGGCCGCAAUGCUGCCCAUCUAGUCAACCAGGAUGACCCAAAUGUGUUGGAGAUUUGGAACAACGUCUUCAUCCAAUAUAACCGCGAGGCGGAUCGGUCAUUGCGGUCUCUCCCCAACAAGCACGUCGACACGGGACUGGGAUUCGAGCGACUUGUUUCGAUUCUUCAAGAUAAGUCAUCGAACUACGAUACAGAUAUCUUCACCCCGAUUUUCCAGGCCAUUCAAGAUGUUACCGGUGCCAGGGAAUAUCGUGGGCGGUUCGGUGCCGAAGAUAGUGAUGGAAUUGAUACCGCCUAUCGUGUGAUCGCAGAUCAUGUGCGAACCUUGAUGUUUGCUAUCUCAGAUGGUGUCUUACCUAACAACGAGGGCCGUGGUUACGUGAUUCGCCGUGUCCUUCGCCGAGGUGCCCGUUUUGCUCGCAAGUAUUUCCAAGUUGAUAUUGGAAACUUUUUCUCCAAACUGGUACCGACUGUCGUUGGUCAACUUGGUGACAUGUUCCCAGAGUUGAAAAGAAAGCAACAGGAUGUGAUGGAGGUCCUAGAUGAAGAGGAAAUCUCCUUUGCCAAAACAUUGGACAGGGGAGAGCGUCAAUUUGAACAAUAUGCCCAGCAGGUGAAGGCACAAGGUGCUGAUAAGCUUCAUGGUGCCGAUGUGUGGAGACUUUACGAUACUUUCGGCUUCCCUGUUGACUUGACUCAAAUCAUGGCCGAAGAACGCGGCCUGCGUAUCGAUGAUGCUGAGUUCGAAGAGGCGCGUCUGAAGGCCAAGGAGGCCAGUAAAGGUCAGAAAAAGGCUGCCGCGAAUGUCGUCAAACUUGACGUACAUGAUCUUGGCAAGUUGGAACAAAUGAAUGAUGUUCAAAAGACAGACGACUCUGCCAAGUUUGGACGUGGCAAUAUCACAGCUCACAUCAAAGCAAUCUACCAUGGGAAGGCUUUCUAUGAUUCUACUGAAUCCGUCCCUAGCGGAGAACAGCUCGGUGUGAUUUUGGAUUGUACCAAUUUCUAUGCUGAACAGGGUGGCCAAGAAAGUGACACUGGUAGGAUCAUCAUUGACGGACAGACUGAGCUUGAAGUUGGUGAUGUCCAAGUCUAUGCUGGAUAUGUCUUACAUACCGGCUUCAUGAAGUAUGGAAAUUUCUCCGUGGGUGAUUCAGUUAUUUGUGAAUACGAUGAGCUCCGUCGCUGGCCUAUUCGUAACAACCACACUGGUACUCACAUUCUCAACUUUGCUCUGCGCGAAAUCAUCGGCGAUGGGGUUGAACAAAAGGGUUCCCUUGUGGCAGCUGAGAAGCUUCGUUUUGAUUUCUCUCACAAGUCCGCCAUUUCAGAUGCCGACCUCGAGAAAGUGGAGGCGAAGUCCACUGAAUAUAUUCGCCAGAACUGUGCUGUCUAUUCUCAGGAAGUUCCUCUUGCUAUUGCUCAGCAGAUCUCCGGCGUCAGAGCCGUCUUUGGAGAGACCUACCCUGAUCCAGUUCGUGUUGUCUCUGUUGGAGUUGAGCUAGAGGAGAUCUUGAACAAUGUCAAGGACCCCAGGUGGACAGAUAUUAGUAUCGAGUUUUGCGGUGGCACUCACGUAUUGAAGACUGGCGAUAUCAAAGAUUUGAUCAUCCUGGAGGAGAGUGGCAUUGCGAAAGGGAUUCGCCGUAUCAUUGCGGUCACUGGUGAGGAUGCCCACAGAGUUCAACAAGUCGCCCAGGAGUUCUUGAAACGCCUUGAUCAUUUGGAAUCGAUGCCUCUCGGCCCUGAGAAGGAACGUGAAGCCAAGCAAGUGCAAGUUGAUCUCAACCAACUGGUAAUCUCUGCCGUUCAGAAGGCUAAGUUCCGGGAGCGAUUCAAUGCAAUCAACAAGCAGGUCAUCGACGGCCAAAAGGCUCAGCAAAAAUUAGAAACCAAGAAAGCCGUCGAGGCCAUUACCACCUACUUCCAGGCGCCCGAGAAUGAGAAAUCAUCAUGGCUUGUGGUGAAGCUCCCAACGCCGGCAAGUGCGAAGGCCGUCAGUGAAUCUAUCAAUCACGUGAAAACGAAAAUGCAGGACAAGAACGUGUAUGUCCUGGCUGUGGACGCCGAACAAACCAGAGUUGCACAUGGUUGCCACGUAUCAAAGGGACUUGGCGACCAGGGAGCUUCUGCCAACGACUGGGCUGCAGCUGUCUCGAGCGCGAUCGGUGGCAAGGCUGGAGGGAAAGGACCCACUUCACUUGGUAAUGGCGUCAACGCAGAUAAGGUCGACGAGGCCAUCUCGCUUGCUUCCGAUUACUUGAGUAAAUUCAAGCUCUAG